UUUAUGGCUGGAGAGGAUGCUCAAACCGAGUUGACGAUCCCACAACAGACAACGCCCGACUUGGAUCACAUCUCUGUGGUGCAGUUCAUGCUCUUCAGUGCAAUCACCACGGCGCCAAAUUUUCUUUGGCAAAGCUGGAUGGAGGAGCAAUGGCCGACUAUGAAACAAAAACAAGAGAAGGACGACAAAGAAAAGUCCUGUCGUCAACAACUCAGUGUUGGACACGUUGUCGUGAAGUUCUUACUGGACCAGUCGCUCGGUUCCAUGGUAAACACAAUGCUCUACUUUUGCGUCAUGGGCCUUAUAAAAGGGCAGAGCUGGCAUCUCAUCCUGGAGGAUAUUCAGAGGAACUUCUGGUCUUUGAUAUUGGCUGGCUAUCGCCUGUGGCCUUUUGUUUGUCUCUUAAACCUCUUGCUGAUCCCUCUGCGAUACCGUUCGCUCGUUGGAUCGUUGGCUGGGCUGGGAUGGGGUGUGUUCUUGAGCUUGCGGUAG